AUGAAUGGAAACUUUGCUCCAGGCAAGGAAGCCCCAGUUUCAAACCAGUCUCCUACAAACAGCAUAGUAGAUAGCACUGUCCAUGAAGAGGGUAAUAAUGCUGCACAUGAUAGUGUCAUUGAUGGUGCUCAUGAUGAAAGGGUAGUUGAUACCUCAAUUGAGCAGCUAUAUGAGAAUGUAUGUGAUAUGCAGAGCUCGGAUCAAUCACCUUCCAGGCGCAGCUUCGGAUCCGAUGGUGAUGAAUCCAGGAUUGAUUCGGAGUUGCGCCAUCUGGUAGGGGGCGAGAUGAAGGAGAUCGAGAUUAUGGAAGAAGAGGAGGAAGAAGAAGAGGUAAAUACUAAACUACCUGAGUUAGAUAACUCUUCACCUCAUAAGGAGACUUCAUCUGCUGAAGUCGAGAAGAAGUCUGUUUCAUCUAGCGAUUCCAAGAACCCUACUAGUAACUUGGCAUCCGAGUCACCAUUGAGCCCUAAGGAGAAACCUCUUCUAGAUAGACCACCGAUGGAAAAAAAGAGUGGGAAGAAGAAGAAAACAGUACCUGCUAUGGCUUUAAGGAAGAGGAAUAAGUCUGUAGGCGUCGCCAGCAAGGGACCUUCUGAGUCGGGUCAGGAUAAUAAUCCGGAUCUUGGGCGGUUUCUUCUGAAACAAGCAAGGGAUUUGGUCUCUUCGGGGGACAAUAGUAACUACAACCCCCAGAAGGCACUCGAUUUAGCACUUAGAUCCGUCAAAGCAUUCGAAGCCUGCACCAAUGGCAAACCUAGCUUGGAAUUGGUCAUGUCGCUCCAUGUUGCAGCUGCAAUCUACUGCAGCACGGGACAGUACAACGAAGCUAUCCCACUUCUCGAGCAGUCCAUCGACAUUAUUCCAGCCAUCACAAAGGGCCACCAAGAAGAACACGCUCUCGCCAAGUUUGCCGGUUACAUGCAAUUGGGUGACACUUAUGCAAUGCUGGGCCAGCUGGAGAACUCCACAAAGUGUUAUUCCACCGGGCUCGACAUCCAGAAGCAAGUUUUGGGCAAGAAUGAUCCUCGAGUUGGGGAAACUUGCAGGUACUUAGCUGAGGCCCAUGUUCAGGCAUUGCAGUUUGACGAGGCGCAGAAGCUAUGUCAGCUGGCGCUCGACAUUCACCGGGAGAAUGGAGCUCCAGCUUCCCUUGAGGAAGCAGCUGAUCGAAGGCUGAUGGGACUGAUCUGUGAGACGAAAGGAGAUCAUGAGUCAGCUCUUGAGCAUCUUGUGUUGGCCAGCAUGGCAAUGGUGGCUAAUGGUCAGGAAGGGGAGGUGGCUGGGGUUGAUUGCAGCAUUGGCGAUGCUUACUUGUCGUUGACUCGAUAUGAUGAGGCAAUCUUUGCAUAUCAGAAGGCUCUCACUUCGUUGAAGACUAAGAAGGGAGAGAAUCAUCCUGCUGUUGGGUCGGUUUUCGUGAGAUUGGCUGAUUUGUAUAAUAAGACUGGGAAGCUGAAGGAAGCAAGAUCAUACUGCGAGAAUGCUUUACGUAUUUACGAGAAGCCUGCCCCAGGGAUCCCUCCCGAGGAGAUUGCGACCGGUUUGACCGACAUUUCUGCCAUUUAUGAGUCGAUGAACGAGCUCGAGCAGGCGAUCAAGCUGCUGGAGAAAGCAUUGAAGAUAUACAGUGAUGCUCCCGGCCAACAGAGCACGAUGGCUGGAAUUGAGGCUCAAAUGGGAGUGAUCUACUACAUGAUGGGGAGUUACUCGGAAUCAUAUGAUUCAUUUAAGAGUGCAGUUGCCAAAUUGAGGACUAGCGGAGAGAGGAAGUCUGCUUUCUUUGGGAUUGCCCUGAACCAGAUGGGUCUUGCUUGUGUUCAGCGGUUUGCUAUAAACGAAGCUGUAGAACUUUUCGAGGAAGCUAAGGAUGUUUUGGAACAUGAAUGUGGACCUGAGCAUCCCGACACUCUUGGUGUCUACAGCAAUCUUGCUGGCACCUAUGAUGCCAUGGGGAGGCUGGAAGACGCGAUCAAGAUCUUGGAGUACGUUGUGCAAGUGCGGGAGGAUAAGCUCGGGACAGCGAAUCCGGAUGUGGCUGAUGAGAAGAAGAGGUUGGGAGAGUUACUGAAGGAAGCAGGGAGAGUUCGGACCCGGAAAGCGAGGUCUCUGGAGAACCUUCUUGAUAACCAUGCUGCAAACACUUCUUCUCACAAUACAACAAAUAAAGAUGUGAUUACAGUAGUGUAAUGAUGGGUUGUCAUAUACAAAAAGAAAAGAUCUGCACACGAGAUUUCAAAAGCUAUAGGAUGUAAUAUGUAAGAAGGAAAAGUGAUUGAAAAGAAGUGAAGAAAUGGUUUGGAUUUUGGGAUCUGUUAUUUUUUUAAUGUCUCUUAUCUUGUUUUUCUACCCUUGAGCCAGAGAGAGGCAGGGGGAGUUCUGUUUGCAUGAUUGCUCCUUGUACCUCUUUCUUCUUUUGUUACUUAUCAAGGGUUGAUUCCUCUUUUGUAUAAGUUAAAUUGCUUGCUGUAUAAAUUAUUUGAUGUAAAUCUGGAUCUAAAGUUAAAGUGAUUGCAUGUACUCAUUUUGAUUCUUCAAUGAAGUAAAUGUUCUAUUGCCUAUUGCAUAA